GUAACCUCUCGCGCUCAUGCGCUCUAUUGUAACACAGGCUAUAUAGCCUCGAGUAAUACACACAGCGACACCUCAAGGUGCAUCGCUUCCUGCUUUCUCUCGUAUACAUGGUAUCAGAUGCCGGCAUCGUCCAGCGCCUGUAGAUCGCUUCCGCUGCCGAUCUCUCCUCGCGGCGCCAUGGCUACGCCUCCGCCGCCACCUCCACCCCCUCCCCCUUCCUUCUCUGGCCGUGGUCUUCACGGCGCCUUCGCGGCCGCCGCCGCUGCCGCGGCCACCCCCAACCGCACCGAGCUCCUCACCCCGUCGGCCCUUGCCACCGCCUCGCGCACUAACGCGCUCGUCCACGGCUCCGGCGGCCCCUCUGCGGCGAUCACGCCGGCUCCAUCACACCUUGCGGCCGUCUACAUCAACCAACAUGUGCCGGUCGUCCUCAACCUCAACCCGCCCAACUUCUCUCAGUGGCGGACGUUGUUCGAGGUCACCUUCCGCAAGACCGGCGUGCUCCCUCACAUCACUGCUCCGGCGCUCCCCGACGACCCCGUGUGGCUCCAGGACGACGCCUAUGUGAUCUCGUGGCUCUACAACCGCAUCAGCCCCGAGAUCUUCGGGCUCGUCCACCAGCGCGACGCGACCAUCGCCGAGCUCUGGGCGGCCAUCUCCUCCAUCUUCCUGGAGAACCGCGAGCACCAAGCCGUCUUCCUCGCCACCGACUUUCGUCGCAUCGAGCAAGGUGCCGGCUCCGUCCUCUCGUACUUCGCGCGGCUGAAGGACUGCGCCGAUAGACUGGCGGACCUCGGUGAGCCCGUCGGUGAUCGUGAACAAGUGUUGAACAUGUUCCGCGGGCUGCACCCCCGCCUUCGCUAUGCUAUUCCCAUCCUCACAAUGCAGACCCCGUUUCCUUCGUUUCUCCGCUGCCGUGCCUUCCUCCUCCUCGAGGAGAGCCGCCUGGCGCCGGAGAGCUCCAACGAGAUGGCUCUGCAUGCUGCGCGCGCCCCCAACUCCGGCGGGGGCUCGUUCACGGGCGGCAACACCAACCGCCGCCCGGGUGGUAACGGCGGUCGCAACAAGGGCAAGGGCAAGGCCGCCGCUGAUGCCGGUGGCGGUGGGAGCUCCUCCGUGCCGCGUCCCGCAGGGCCGCCGGCGCCUGCAACUACGCCCUGGACUGGGAUGGUCCAUGCGUGGCCCAUGCCCUGGCGCCCCCACACACCUGGCGCUGGUGUGCUCGGGCCCCGUCCGGGCGCUCCUACUCCGUUCCCUGGCCACGCCGCGCACUACGGCGCACCUCCACCGAUCCCGCCCGACGCCGCCCCGACGCACUGGACCCCGGGUGUCGUCCUUGCUCACCCACUGUACAACACGGGUGUCUCGUCUUCGACUACGCCCCCGCCGCCCAUGUGGGACCAAGCCGCCCUCGUCCACGCGCUGAACAAUCUCGGACUCCAGCAGCAGCAGGGCGCCCACUCCGGCGGGGACUGGUACCUCGACACUGGGGCGACUACACACAUGGCGUCCUCAUCAGGAUCGAAGGACGAAGCGGGUGAUCCUCCAGUGUAACUCCGAUGAGGAUCCGUAUCCAGUCACGCAGCCGCCAUGCCACACUGCCCUCUCCGCCACCGUCGUCCCGGCCAAGGUGUGGCACCAACGCCUAGGGCACGCCGGCCACGACACCCUCUCCCACACUCUGCGUGCCUGCUCCAUCCCUCCGCCGCCAUCGUCUUCCGAGCUCUGUCAUGCUUGCCAGUUAGGGAAAAGUGUUAGGUUGCCAUUUUCAUCUUUAGAACAUGUUUCGUAUUUCCCUUUUCAGUUAAUUCACUGUGAUGUGUGGACUUCGCCUGUAUCUAGUGUCUCUGGCAAGCAAUAUUAUCUUGUUUUACUCGACGACUAUAACCACUUUGUAUGGACGUUCCCCCUCGAUCGCAAGUCUGAUGUGUACCCCA